UUGUGGCGUUUACGUUAAGAACAAGCAGUGGAAAUCUUGCACGUUACAAAGGAGCCAACGGACAUUUUAGGACGUUCUUUUUCUUCUUCCAUUUCUGACAUCCAUUUUUGCUUCACCAGUUUUUGUUCCUCUGUAAUAUCUGAAGCUUCUUCUUCUUCUUCAGGAUAAGCCAUUUUUCCAGAUAAGUUUCUCUGUCACCAACAAUCUUGUUACUUUUUGUGCUUAGGAAAGACCCUGAAUUCUGUUUUGUUCAAAGCUUGUUGCUUUUUUCUGUUUAGCUGAAUUGGUUUGGUGGGUUGGUGGUGUGGUUUCUCUCUGAAUUGGGAUUUGGUUGUUAUCUAGAUUAGGCAGUAUCAAAUCCUGGUUUAGAGGGAAGAAGGGUUUAUUGGUUUGGUUUGUGUUUUGAGUUUUGAGUUUUGAGUUUGUGGUGGCUUGAAUUUAUGCUGAUUUGGUUGAUGAAAGAGAACCCAGUUGAGCUUUAAGGGAGUAGUUGAAGAAUUUGAAGUUGUUUCACAGCAAAUUUGUGCCCACAGAGGUUGGAAGUGGUUUCUUUGGGGAAAGAGCUUUGCUUUUUGUAUGUUUUGGCUUGGAUUAUACAAAAGAGUGUGAUUUUGAAUUAGUUUGUUGUUUAUAGAGUUGAUUGGAGAAGCUAGUUUUAUAGCAAGAUUUAGGCUUAGGCUCUUAUUUUGUAUGAAUUGUUAGAGUGCAUGAUGGGGAAGCAAAGUGGGAAGAAGAAAAAAAGUUCAGGGGAUAGUCCAAAGCCAAGCAACAGUAGCGAAAAUAGUCCGAAAACCCAAGAUAAGGAUACAGAAGUUUUCAUUGCAAUGGCUCAUGAAUUGAAGGAUGAGGGGAAUAAGUUGUUUCAGAAAAGGGACCAUGGAGGAGCUAUGUUGAAGUAUGAGAAAGCCCUCAGAUUGCUUCCCAGAAAUCACAUUGAUGUGUCCUAUCUUCGGAGUAAUAUGGCAGCUUGUUAUAUGCAGAUGGGGUUGAGUGAGUAUCCGAGGGCUAUUAAUGAGUGCAAUUUGGCCCUUGAAGUUACACCCAAGUAUAGUAAGGCUCUGCUGAAGAGGGCAAAGUGUUAUGAGGCUUUGAAUAGGUUGGAUUUGGCUCUGAGAGAUGUUGGUACCGUGUUGAACAUGGAACCGAACAAUAUCAUGGCACUGGAGGUUGCAGAAAGAGUGAAAGAUGUGCUAGAGAAGAAGGGAUUGAGGGUGAAUGACACGGUGAUUGAGUUGCCUCCUGAUUAUGUAGAACCAAGUCAUAAUGUGCUGCCAGGGAAAUUAACGAAAUUCAAGUGUCGGAAGAAGAAGGGGAACAAAGAUGAAGAGAAGAAAGUUCAUGAGGACAAUACCGGGGGGAAUACUGAAGACAAGAUUGAGCAGAAGAAGGCUGUGGAAAUAGGUGAGGAAAAGAAGUCUGUGGGUAUAGAACCAAGUCAUAAUGUGCUGCCAGGAAAAUUAAUGAAAUUGAAGAGCCGGAAGAAGAAGGGGAACAAAGAUGAAGGGAAGAAAGUUCAUGAGGACAAUACGGGGGGGAAUACUGAAGACAAGAUUGAGGAGAAGAAGGCUGUGGAAAUAGGUGAGCAAAAGAAGUCUGGGGGUAUAGGUGAUGUAGAUAAGGAUCUGGAAAUAGCUGAGGAAAAGAAGGCAGAGGUCAAGGUAGUUGUGGAGGAGAAGAUCACAACAACAGAAGAAGUGCCGAAAAGAAGUGUGAAAUUGGUGUUGGGUGAGGACAUAAGAUGGGCUCAGUUGCCAGUAAAUUGCACCCUCCUGCAACUAAGAGAGGUGAUCCGUGAUCGGUUUCCAAGAUCAAGAGCAGUUCUUAUCAAAUAUAGAGAUGAAGAAGGUGAUUUGGUCACCAUCACUACUAAUGAAGAGCUGAGAUGGGCUGAAGAAUCUGCAGAAUCAGAAGGCUCUGUCAGGCUUUACAUAAUAGAAGUUAGCCCUGAUCAGGAUCCAUUCUUUCAGGAACUGAAAGUUGAAGCGCACAAGCUUAACUAUGGAGCUGAAAAUGGUACAUUGGUACACCACAAGGACAUGAAGGGGUCAUAUUGCAUUGAGGAUUGGAUUAUUGAUUUUGCUCAGCUGUUCAAGAACUAUGCUGGCUUUGAAUCUGAUGCAUACUUGGAUCUUCAUGAACUUGGGAUGAAGUUCUACUCUGAGGCUAUGGAGGAGACAGUUACCAGUGAAGAAGCUCAAGACAUUUUCGACACAGCAGGAGAGAAGUUCCAGGAAAUGGGAGCUUUAGCGUUGUUCAAUUGGGGAAAUGUUCACAUGGCCAGGGCAAGGAAGAAGGUAUUAUUCACAGAAGAUUCUUCCAAAGAAUCUAUCAUUUCAAACAUCAAAACUGCAUAUGAAUGGGCACAAAAAGAAUACACAGAAGCUGGAAGGAGAUAUGAAGAAGCGCUGCAUAUCAAACCCGACUUCUAUGAAAGCUAUCUGGCCCUUGGGCAGCAGCAGUUUGAGCAGGCUAAACUUUCUUGGUAUUACGCAAUUAGCAGCAAUGUUGAUUUGGAGACUUGGCCAUCCACAGAGGUUCUUAGACUUUAUAACAAGGCCGAAGACAACAUGGAAAAGGGCAUGCAGCUGUGGGAGGAAUCGGAAGAGCAACGGUUGAGUGAACUCUCUAGUCCAACUAGUUGUAAAACCCAGUUGCAGAAGAUGGGUUUGGAUGGGAUUGUCAAAGACAUAUCAGCAGAUGAAGCUGCAGAACAAGCUACAAACAUGAGAUCUCAGAUAAACCUUCUUUGGGGCACCAUGCUGUACGAGCGAUCUAUAGUGGAGUUCAAAUUGGGGCUACCUGUAUGGCAUGAAUGUUUGGAAGUUGCAGUUGAGAAGUUUGGACUUGCUGGGGCUUCUCCAACAGAUAUAGCUGUUAUGGUCAAAAACCACUCUUCAAAUGAUAAUGCAUUGGAAGGUUUAGGAUUCAAGAUUGAUGAGAUAAUACAAGCAUGGAAUGAGAUGUAUGAAGCUAAGAAGUGGCAAAGUGGAAUUCCAUCAUUUCGGCUAGAGCCAUUACUUCGGCGGAGAGUUUCAAAACUUCAUUUUGCUUUGGAGAAUGCUUUAAAAGACAGCACUGAAUAGAUACAUUUUGCUGCUCCAUGGAGCAUGUAGUAUUUCAUAUUGAGGCAGGCGUUUUCUUGGUACUUUCCUGUCAUAGAUUCAGGCUUUCAGCUUAUGGAACUUAGUAGUUUUAACAUGCAGUGGAUAGUUGUAUCCACAUUUAUUUGUAGUAGUUCAGAGAACACAAACAUUUUUUUCCUUCUCUUUACACGUUAGGGGGUUGAGGUGAAGUUGCAGAUCUUCAUUUUAGUUAGUUCUGCCUUCAUCAACAUGGCUUUACAGUUUCUGCUAGAACAUUAGUACUUGUAAUUGAAGCAUCAAGCAUCUACCUUGAUGUUAGUGUGGCGUGUAACUAAAUUAUUUUUUUCUGGGCAAUGUCUUUCAGGGUAAGGACUUGUAUUCGACUAUUCGAAUCAUCACGGAUGACAUUUUUGUUAUUUUUUA